CCGGGGAGGAGGAGGAGGGACGCUGACAUCACCGCCGGAGCGCGGGGCCGGGGCGGCCGGGCCGGCUCCGCUCCGCUCCCGUUCUCCGCUCCCACCGGAGGAGCCGCCGUGCCCGAGAGAGGGAGGUUUCCCAUGCCGUGCAGAUGAGACUAGGCUGAGAAGAGGAUGACGCAUUGGUACCCAGCACCCCAGUUAGCCCCAUUUGCUCCCUUCCGUUUGCCCUGGUGAUGAAAAGGCUCCUUACCCACACCUGAGCCAGCCCUGCCAAAACCCAGGCACCAGCGUGGCUCUGCAGCAGUUUUGGGGCUGGGGAGGUCAGGAGCCCCUUUCCAACGCUGAGAUUUUCCAACACUGAGAUUUUUUAAUUCUGCGUGUGCAGGGAAGAGACCAUUCCCAUCCCAGCUCUGCCAUACCUACCCCAGGCCCCCAGUGCCCGGCUGGAUUCAGGCAGUGUGACCCAUGCCACACCAUCACCAUGGCCUCCUCGGAUGGGCUGCAGUACCGGGCUCUCUAUGAGUACCAGAAGGACCGGGAGGAGGACCUGGCCCUGUGCCCCGGCGAUGUGCUGACAGUCAGCAGGGCUGGGCUGCUCAGCAGCCCCAACUACAAGGACGGGGACGAGCGCAGCCCCCAGGGUUGGCUCCAUGGCCUCAAUGAACGCACCAAAGAGCACGGUGACUUCCCCAGCACCUACGUGGAGUAUCUGGGUCCCACACGUAUCGUCACCACCGCCACCAAGGCCAGGCCACGGCCCUUGCCUCCACCACCUGCUGGGACCCCCACACCUUGGGGGCUCCCUGGGCAGGCAGAGCUCGCCGAGCACCCCAGCCUCCCCGAGCAGGCACUGUCGACCGUGGCCAGGCUCAUCGAGGCGCUGGAAAAACAAGGUUUUGACAGCGAGGUGCUCUACAGAUCCGCCCCUGGUGCGCUGGGGGAUGCUGAGCUGAAGCAGGCUCUUCUGGCGGAUGCCUCAGCUGUGGACAUGGACCUGUACGAUGCCCAGACGCUGGCAGACACCCUGAAGUGGUACCUCCAGGAACUCCCAUCACUCCAGAUCCCUCCAGCUCUCUACACUGAAUUGGUCCACAUGGCUCAAGAGACCCCUGGCCUGGAGGAGUGUGGCCAGCGAGCCAGAGCCCUGCUGGCCCCCCCAGCCCUGCCACAGCCCCAGGCACUGCUCCUGCGCCAGCUCACCCGUCACUUCUGCCGCAUCUGCCAGGGCACCCGCAGGAGCCGCCUCUCACCCCGGCUCCUCGGGGAGCAAUUCGGGGAGCUGCUUCUCCGCCCUGCAGCAUCCAGUACCGAGGUGAGCCCUGAGCUCCGUGCAAGGAUCCUUGAGUCCCUCAUCGUGGCCGGCGAGGCAGCGGAGGUGCCAGCGGUCCCUGCUCUUCCUCCAAAGCCCCCCAAACCAAUGACGCCAGUCAAUACAAAUGGAAUAAAGGACAAUUCCAGCUUCUCUCUGCAAGAAGCAGAGUGGUACUGGGGGGACAUCUCAAGGGAAGAAGUAAAUGACAAAUUACGAGACAUGCCAGAUGGAACAUUCCUGGUGCGUGAUGCAUCAACCAAGAUGCAGGGAGACUACACUCUGACAUUACGGAAGGGUGGCAACAAUAAAUUGAUAAAGAUCUAUCAUCGGGAUGGAAAAUACGGCUUUUCUGAUCCACUGACAUUUAAUUCAGUUGUGGAACUGAUUAACCACUACCGCAAUGAGUCUCUUGCUCAGUAUAACCCGAAGCUUGAUGUGAAGUUGAUGUAUCCAGUGUCCCGGUACCAGCAGGAUCAGUUGGUGAAAGAAGAUAAUAUAGAUGCAGUAGGUAAAAAGCUUCAAGAAUACCAUGCUCAGUAUCAGGAAAAAAGUAAAGAGUACGACAAAUUGUAUGAAGAAUAUACCAGAACAUCACAGGAAAUUCAGAUGAAGAGGACAGCAAUUGAAGCAUUUAAUGAAACUAUUAAGAUAUUUGAGGAACAGUGCCACUCACAAGAGCGAUACAGCAAAGAAUACAUUGAGCGAUUUCGCAGGGAGGGGAAUGACAAAGAAAUUGAACGGAUAAUGAUGAACUAUGAAAAAUUAAAAUCACGCCUGGGUGAGAUCCAUGAUAGUAAAAUGCGUCUGGAACAAGAUUUGAAGAAACAAGCUCUGGACAACAGGGAGACUGAUAAGAAAAUGAAUAGUAUCAAGCCUGACCUAAUUCAGCUCCGCAAAAUCAGAGAUCAGUAUCUUGUAUGGCUCAAUCACAAAGGGGUGAGACAGAAGCGAAUCAACGACUGGCUGGGGAUCAAAAAUGAAAAUAUUGAUGACACCUACUUUGUGAAUGAAGAAGAUGAAAACCUGCCACAUCAUGAUGAGAAGACUUGGUUUGUUGGGGAUCUCAACCGUAUCCAAGCAGAAGACUUGCUCUGUGGGAAACCUGAUGGAGCAUUUUUAAUUCGUGAGAGUAGCAAGAAAGGAUGUUAUGCUUGUUCUGUGGUAGCUGAUGGAGAAGUGAAACACUGCGUGAUCUACAGCACUCCAAGAGGUUAUGGGUUUGCAGAACCAUAUAACCUGUACAGCACACUCAAGGAUUUGGUUCUUCAUUACCAGCAGACAUCCCUUGUCCAACACAAUGAUUCCCUAAAUGUCAGGCUUGCCUAUCCUGUCUACGCACAGAUGCCCCCCUCUCUCUGCAGGUAAAUUUUGGGGAGGAGGAAAGCGUUGGCUAUCUUGGAUUCUUUUCUAUCGAUUUUUACUAGAACUUGGAGGGCAUUCUUUCUCCUUAGACUGCUUGUUUUGCACAAGAAGUGAUUCUGUGAAUGUGAAUCAAAGAGGCCUAGCAGCAACAAGACGACAACUUGGGUGUAGGUGUCCUGGUGCUACCUUAAAAGCUCAGCUGUGCUUUUACACUGAUACUUUUGUUUCCUUAUGAGGGGAAUAAACUCAACACAACCCGUACAAAAAUACUGGAAGCAAAACAUCGUUUUGUGGAGAUAAUUUUUGCCAGGCACCUUCAGUGGAACUUCUAAUUGGAUUUUGUUUUCUCUUGUUCUUGUAGAGACAAUUUGAAGCCUCUGUCUGAGGCAUCAGUAAUGUCUUUCAGUCUUAAACUCCCAAGAAACUAGGGGGGAAACUCUACCGCAGCAAUUCUUCUCUUAAUUUUAGCAGCUUCACUGCGAUUCAGCCGAACUUCCAAAAGAGGGCUUGUCUUGAGGUAGCAUGGAAUUUGGUGAGAGAAGACCAAAGGAAUUAUGGGAAAGCUUCAGGUUUUUAUUUAAAUGGAAAAAUGCUUGUAAAGAAAAGUUGCUUUAUUUUUUUUGCCAACAGUAACAAAGUUUUGGUUUCAAUGGCACUACAGGUCUUCACUUAAAGGAAACAUUUAUAACCAAAUUGAACACACCAAAACUUUGUUCCUUGCUAGAUUGAGCACUUAUGGGGAAGGUUGCGUUAGCAUCCGCACACACGUUCUACACCAAAACUUGAAAAAAAUAAAAGGAAAAGCUAAACAUUGUGUGGCUUCAAAACACUAAAUUUGUCUGAUCUGAUGUAAUCACUCAUUCUCAUCUUUCCUCACCCCCCUUCCUCCCAUUCCUCAGCUUGGGAUUCUGUUUUCAGUUUUUAACGAUACUGUGCUUCGGAAUGUAAACCAGAAUGAAGCUUGCACUCACCUGUUGCAGUUCUCUUGCUGAACAAUGACAGACUCUGGUAAUGCUUGAUUUUUUGGUAUAGAAGAGGUAGGUGUAAUCAAAUGCUUCUGGAUGGCUUAUUGUACCAAAUUCUUUCAUGAGGUGUAGUCACUUCCAGUUGUAUAGAAGGAAGCAUGCUAAUUAUAGAUCUCCUCUGAUUUGUUCUUUGCAAGCGAAGUUCUGAACUCUCACACCACUGGAGCCAAGCAAGAUUUUACACUGGCAUAAUCUGAAUUCCCUUGUAGUUAUUUUGGGCAUGAUGCAAAACACAGGAAGGAAGAGAACUGUACUACUCAGUUAUUGGAUGUCUGCUACCAUCCUUUGGCAGGGGCUGCUGUCAAACACUGGAGUGGGUAGUCCUGGGCUUCAUCAAGUAUAGCAAUCAUCCAAUAAAUCUCCUCCCUGGAAAGUACACAAAGCAGCUUAUUUCCAUUCCUUAAGCUUCUAAGAUGAAAAAGAGCUAAGUUUGGCAAACUGAACCACUUGGCAUCAAAGCACAACUGGCGAAGUAAUUGUUCAGUGUGCAACCUUGAAAGUUACUUUUGUUCGUGUUACUGGAAGCGGUUCACUUGCAAUGCACCCAUUGUACAGGACAGGAAGCAGACAGUCAUGCAGGUCUGAGAAUGCUCUAGUCCUGUUUCUGACCCUGGGGCUGAUUUCCUGUUCAAAUGCGUGGGGUUUUUUUUUUUCUAUAAUGCCUGGGCAGUACUGCUAGGCUUGUUGACGUUUAAUGCUUACACUAGAAGCAUUAUUUUGCUGAAUGGCAUGAAUUUGCAAGCAGGGAAGUGACAAGGCUGGAGCGCUGGCAGCCAUUGCAGGAAGGGUAGUCUGGUUGCCUGGCGUGCCUGUGAGAUGUUUUAUUUUGCACUAAUGACCCUGACACAUCCCAGGCGCUUUCUAAUCAGCCAGAGUGCAAUCUUCAGGCGAAGAAUUCUGUAGAUGCCACUUCCACUUUUCUAAUUAAAUGAAACACUGCAAAAUCUAACCAAAACUGGGUGAGAGGAGAAGAAAAUUCAUGCAAGCUCCUAUGUCAAUGACCUACAUCUGCUCAUGUGUCCUUUCUCUCCCACUUCCCCAAGAAAAGGAAAAGAGGCGUUGCCUUUGCUCUUAGUGAAAAUCUUGAAUGGAUUCCUCAGUGGUAUAUGGACAUGGAAAUUUUUGUCUUUAAAGGAACUUGCCCUACCUCUUGGAUAAUUUGCAGUUCUAAUCUGGUAGCUGUAAAGCUGUCAUUCUUACACCUCUUGUGCAUCUAACAUUCCUUUGGUACUGGGCUGAGUCCAGAUGCCUGAUGAGGGAAAUCGGUUCAAAGGCACAAAUGAUAGCCAGGUGCCUCAUGCUGGUGGAAAAACCUGUGGGAGUGGAGUGUCUCUUUUUCUCUGCCCUUGUGAUCUCUCCUUGUGGGCUCUCCUCUUAGUGUUAAUAUCUGAGGCUGAUGGGGCAUGUAUUUCUGAUCUCUGUUUUUGUGACAGAGACAACCUGCCUGAAGUGAUUCACAUUUAUCCCAUUUUUAAGGUAGGGAUCAGUUUUGUUUUAAACAAGUGCAGGUCUACUUUCAGGCUCAUAAAUCCUGGCACACCCUCAAAGUACCAACAGCAGCAGGAUAGCAAAGCGGGGCUGUCUGAAGUUUCCCUGUAGUGGAAUCUAACUGAUCCUGUGAGGUCUUGGUCCAGGCUCCUGCCCCAGCUCUGCCAAGGUAAAUACAGUGUAAUUCUACUGGCAUCUGUGAAAGUAGCUUGGCUUUAUAGUAGUGUGAGUGAGUUGGGAUUUUUUUGCCCCUCGCUCUCUGAGGUCUCUUCGCUGAUCACAGGUGAUGUAUUUGCUGUGAAUGAUGCACUCGGAGCCAAUAAGCCAUCUUGAAGCAUUGUUUGAAAUUCUGUUUUGCCCAAACCUUCAGAUCAGGGAUACGGGCCGGCUAAGCUUGUGUUCCUUGUGUUUGGCUCCGUUACCCUCAGUGGUCUUUCUGAGGUUGUCUUUUGCCUCUGUAUCUCCGUGUUUUGUUUAGGCACCUGAAGUCCCAGCUGCUGUGAUUGCUUCCCUUUGACUGUCAGAUACUAUUGCACAGAUUCUUUUUUGCAUCCAUUUUGUGCUCAUAGAGCAAAUAAAAAUGGGUAUAAAACCAACUGACACGUGUAGCUGGUGUGAUCCACAGAGCGAGGGCUUGGUCCUGCUGCGCUUGUUGUGCUCGGCCUAAUUCUGUUUCCUCAGUGGUGUUAGACCUGGGAGAAACCCCGUGCGUUCCUGCGGCUGUUCUACACUCGCAUGACUGAGAAAUCAGAAAUGGGCCUGUGAGGUGCAGGAUUACACCCUAGUGCGAAAAGCAGCUGUUAAGCCUAAAACAGAUACAGGAAAGAUCAAGGCAAAACAAAGGAACUAGAAUUCCUUUAAAACAGUAAGGUGUGAGAAGAUCUUCAUUUUAAGAGUCAAAAAAAUCAGGGGGAAAGGGGGGAAAGUCUCAGUGUUCUAGCAGCAGUCUGUUAUCAGACUGCAGUUAGAGGAGUACUGAUCUCAUUGACCCAUAUUGUAUUAAAUAUAUAUGUAGGGUUAAAUAACUUUUGCACAGUGUUAAAUGGUGGGGGGCGGGGGGCGGGGACGUUGAAACUCGAAUAUGCACAGUUUCUUCUAAUCUGUUUUGAAGUAUAUUUGCAGGGAUCAGGGGUGAUUCAGUAUUUUGUAUUUGUAUGGAUGCAAAUCAAGCCUGCUUCCACAGUUGUCAUUGGCCCCAUUGCGUCAGCCACGAGUGCCAUGUUUUUGAAGUUUAGUAAGUUACAAAUCUUUUCCCACUGAUUUCUUUAUGGAUUACAGGUAACCCUAGCAUGGGAAGAACCCACCUAGAAAUAGAGAGAUGCCCCAAUAGAUACUUCGCUAGUAUGUGAAGCAGUAAUAUGUGAUUGUCCGCCUUCUGCUGCUGGAGUGCUCUAGGUUUGGGGGUUGUAUUGAUCUUUUUUUUUGUUCUUUCUCAUCAGGAGUGGAUUGAGUCACUGCUUUGCACCAUUAGUAGUUGCAAUCUAGAGUUAUAUCCAGUACAGCCCUCUGUUUUAUGCCAAAAAUAAAAUGCUCUUUCCACGCUCAUCUCUCUUGAUGUGGCAGAUGGUCGGGAAGUUUUCCAUUUAACGUGGUGGGCCUGAUUGUUUUCUCACUGACACACUAAGACUGUAGUCAGUGUAGACUAAGACACCAGACUUCUACAACCGAAAGCCAUUUCCAGGAAAAAAGUUUGUACUCAAUCAUACCUGCAUUCUAGUCACAGCAGGGCAAAAAUCAAAGUCUGUCCUUCACAAAGCCAGGCAACUGUAAUGGGGACUGUGGACAGUUGGUGCUGUUUUGGGGAUGACAGGAGAAGGAGGAGGGUCUUGGUUGCCCCAAAUCCUGGGCUCUCUGUAGGCUUGGGUGGCACUGUGUCUAACUGAACGCUGUGGCUGUUUAAAACAGCAGAAUUGCUAUAGGAAUGUCACACCUUAAGUUUGGAAAAGCCCCUUAUUUGGUACUUGAACAAUCUUGCUUCUGUUUUUGAAUGUCUGUUUAUUUUAUAUUUUUGUUACACUAACAGGGAAUAAAAAUCUGAAAUGUUAGUGAGUCUUGUAUGCUUGCUGCAUUGUGCAGACAUGAAACAGGUACUGCUUGUGGAUCAGGAGGGGUAAGAGACAGGUUCAAAAUGCAGUUUUACAAAGCGCUAUGAUGGGUUGGGGGUUGUUUUGUUUAGAUCAUAUUUAAAAUCAGGUUUUCUUACAUGUAGUUUCCUUAUGUUGAUUUUUCAACCUCUGCUUUUGGAACGGCAAAAUCAAAGUAACAUUCCCGAAGAACAAAGAUGCUGUGAGGGGUGGGGGGGUUAGGCUUGCUCAAAUUCAGUGUUCAAAGCAAAUAGCUUUAAUGAAGAGGAAGGGUCAGCAUCCUAAAGCAUCCCUCUGGUUGUAGUUCAGCGAAGCAGUAGACUGACAGUGAAGUAGGAUCUCCGCCUUGAACCAUGAAAGAAAGAGGUGAUGCCAGAGCAGACCCUUCCCUUUUGGAAUAAUCUCCUUAAAUGCAUUGCAAGGAGAUAGUUAGGGAAUUAAUAGGAGUCCUUAAGGAGUUGCUCUUUUUCCUGUAUUGGAAGGGAACUUGCAUUGCUAAUCCCCUUGUUUCCCUUGGCACAACGUGUGCAGCCAGGAGAAGGGAACAGAGUUACUAGCCCAAAUAAACGCAGGCCUGCUCGUGAAGCAGCUCGGCUAGUUAAGUACUGCGUGAGGAGUAGCUUUGGAUGGGGUUAGAUGAAGUUUGUCCAACAUUUUUUGUGAAUCUUGCAUUCUGUGAGCAGAAAUACUUUCCACCGAAUGGGAAGGAAAAAAAAAAAAAAUCUCUUCAAAUCUUUUCAAGUCCUUCCUGUUUGUUCACAGGGGCAGAUAGGGAGCUUUAGCUUGUUAACUGUUUAGAUGAUGACAGUGCUUGAAGUGCUGGUCUUUGGGGCUGGCUGCAUACAAUUAAUGCAGAAUUUGCAUUUUUUUAAUUGCUAUUGGCAUAGACUCGCCAUAUUUUAUGACUAGACUGACCAUUUUUUCUAAAAUUUGCCUUUAAAACAUGUAAUAUGAGCUUCAGAGGCAAAAAAAACCCACCAAACAACAGAACAAACAAACGGGCCCUUAUUGGUAGAAAAAACGCCUUGUUGAUCAACCUGUAUUAGAGAAAGCAGCUUUAAUUUCAUGCCCCCCUCCACCACCUUCCCUUGGAAUUGCUUCUGUGAGAUCGGCGUUGGCAAACAGGGUGGGGAUAUUUCCCCAUGUGUUUCGCAGCGCCGUACCCAUGCGCUUUCCAAGUGCUCGUAGCAAGGGGCUCAGGAUCAUUUGGAAAAAUGAUUGCAUCCAAAGACAAAAAAAGUCUCCGAGGGUGAAUAUCACCCCCUGGCAUGAGUCUCGUCACUUCAGGGGAGUUGUAGGAUGCUGGGGCCAGCCAAGAGCUGCCCCUGGGUCUCUGUCGGGCGUGGUGGGGGUUUGUGGUUGGUCAGCUGGCUGGGGUUUUGGUCUUUUUUGUUUUUGUGAGUGACUUCUACAUCCAGCAAAGAUAUGUUUGAUGAAACCUGUUAAUUUUGUAUAUCUGGCUGUUUAUUGCACCACGAGAUUGUAAUGGUCUGCAUCAUCUGUGUGUGUGUGUGUGUGCGUGCGCGUGUGUGUAUAUGUACUGUAUGUAUAUAGAUAUAUGUAAAAUAUAUUCACGUACACAUUUAUAUGCAUUAGCUGUAAGUGGCACUGCCCCUUAAAAAUAAAACAAAAUUCACUGUUAGCACAUUCUGCCAUGUGUUUAGGCAGAAUUGGGUUUGUUUUUGUCAAAUGAAAAGGAGUUUAUUGUGUUCAUCUUGCAUAUGUGCUUCUGAAAUGCUGAACUCUGGAUCUUUCUUGGGGGGUUACUACUCUAUUUGUAAACAGAAUUGAACUGGGGUGUUAUCUACUCUGGGACAAAGCAAUCAACUUUGUUCCAAGCAAAGGUUUAGCAAAAGAAACCCUCUUGCUCUCCCACAAGAUGCAAUGAACGUUUGCACGUUUGAGCAGACCCCCAGACCCCCCCUGUCCAGAGCUGAUGUGCAGUGGGUGGUGGUGGUAUGUGUCCCUUUGUGAGUGGACUCUUUGUAUAAGGUGUGGUUCAAUGUAAAGCAUGAGUGGGUGUUUGAUCUUGUAUCGAGGGCUGAAAUAACAGCACACUCCUUUGUACAACCUUUGCAUUAAUGUUUCUGCUUUUCUUUGACUUCUAUUUUCUUUAAGGGAAACUGCAUCUGUUAAGAACCUGCUUCUCCAGAAGCUAUUGCAUUAUUUUGUUUUCCGGAUGAAUUCCAGCAUGUAACUUUGGUACUCUUGUUUGUUAUUUGUGUAAAACCUGUUCUUCUGUCGUUUAUGGUGUAGUGGGCGGGGGGGGGGGGAGGGGGGGGGAGGGGGAGAAAAAAAAAAAGGAAUUCAUGUAGUUUAACUUUUGAAGAAAAGAAACAAACUGCUUCAUAAGGAAACCAAUUGUAUGUUAGUGUUUUCAGACAAGUCAUCCUGUAGUUUCUAGCUCAGUAAUGCAACACUGUACUUGUCACCAGGUGUGUUACAAUUUUGCUGUACUUUCUUUUACCUAGAUGGUUGGGCUUUUAAAUCCCAGACACUAAGCAUCCUGGGCCUACUUGCUCUAGAUAAAAAAAAAAAAUGCAAUAAAAAAAAUUGCAAUAAAGCACAUUGACAUGUAAUGUUUUAAAGGAUGUACUGACAGCUGUUUCUAAUAAAUUCAGAACUGCAGCGUG